AUGAGAGCCAGCUAUGUUGUGGAUCAGCUGUUUCGUAAGAAAACGUUCAAAGGUGGAUCGGCACUCGACUCCCAGCUGAAAAGAUGUUUGGGAGUGGUGGAAGUGAUGUUCAUAGCCGUGGGCCAGAUGGUUGGCGCAGGCCUUUAUGUUUUGGCCGGCACCGUAAUACACAAACAGACGGGACCAUCGAUCGUCAUAUCAUUUCUUUGUGCAGGGUUCGCCGCCCUGAUGUCCGCAUUCAGCUAUGCCGAAUUUGGUGCG